AUGGCAAUGGAUUUUCCUCCAUACCAUUUCAGAUGCCCCAUUUCCAUGGAUCUCAUGAAGGACCCUGUUACCAUCUCCACCGGCGUCACUUACGAACGUGUCAACAUCGAGAAAUGGUUCUUCACAUACAAGAAGAAAACAUGCCCGGCCACAAUGCAAAGAAUCUCAAAUUUCGACACCAUACCAAAUCACACCCUCAAGAGGCUCAUUCUUGCAUGGCAAAACCAAGGGGACUCGAAAUCAUCUUCAUCUUCGUCAUGUGAGUUAUUGAAUUCGCAUUCGGAUAAACAUGAGGAGAUUAAAGCACUUCUCAGCACAAUCAUGUCAUCCCCAUUCAAGGUCAGUUCCUUAAAGAAACUUCGUUCCAUUAUUGACAUGGGUGAAGAGACGAGAAAUGACUUCAUUAGUUCUAAUGGAGUGGAAGUUCUUGUUCAAAUACUUGAUCAAAUCCUCACAGAGAACUCGGAUUUCAUAACAUUUCGGGCUUGCGAGGAGGCUCUUUGUAUUCUUCACCAACUUCCCAUCUCGGAAGAAGAAGGUAACACUUUUAAGUUGUUGUCAAGACAAGAUUCCACCAGAUCAAUGACAAUCAUGCUUCAGCGCGGGAGUGCUGAAGCACGCCUUCACACCAUUACCAUAUUCAAGAAGAUGGCAAAAACCAAUUACGACUGGAACUUUGUGAUACAAGAUCAAGGAAUAGAUUUCUUCAAAUCCUUGUUGGAGCUUGUUUCGGACGAAAUAUGUAGCAAAGCAAGCUCAUGUGCCUUGGAAGUUCUGAUAGAAAUUUUGAGAGCGUCAAAGAAAAACAAGCUGAGAGCAAUUGAAGCAGGAGCUGUUUGUGUCCUAAUAGAGCUAUUGCAAGAGUCCAGCAGAUCCAGAUGUGAGAAAAUGUUGCAAGUGAUCAAGUUCCUGUGUGAAUGUGCUGAGGGGAGGCAGGCCUUGGUGGAACAUGGCAUGGGCAUUGUAGCGAUUUCGAAGAAGAUGAUGCACGUUUCCAAUGUUGCCACCAAGAUUGGGGUGAAGAUCAUGUGGUUGGUUUGUAAUUUUCACCCGACAGAGAAGGUAUUGGAGGAAAUGUUGAUCUAUGGAUCGGUGAAGAAGCUUCUUGCACUGUUGCAUAUGGAUGGCAGGUCUUCGACGAAGGAUAAGGUUGUGAAGAUCUUCAAGAUGCAUGGAAAUUCAUGGAAACGGUACCCUUGCUACCCUUCUGAUUUGAAGGGCUACUUGGGAUGUGUGAAUGAACAUUGCUAA